UUCCUGUUUAACGAUGUUCACUAAACGAACCUUACAGCAGCGCUCUUGAAGGCUAAAUUUAAGUUGAUUUCGGCUUAAUAUAAUGGAUAAUUCUCAUCAGUUCGGUUAUAUGAGGGCUCCGCCACCUUCAUUCACUGAUCCCGCGGGUUUAGAUGGCGCUGUUUAUUCAGGACCACCGCCUCAUCAUCCUCCACCGCAAGCGGGACACUCGUGGGACAUUUAUCAUCACCCUCCACCGGCAACACAGCACAACUGGCCUCCGUUUCCACAAUUCGACCCCAGCAGACCACCACCGGGGACGUUUGAACCUCCUCAAAACCAUGAAAACCCUCCUCCGUCCUGGACGCAGAACCAAUGGAGUAACGUUAAUAUAAACCCUCCAAAUCAUCCACAAUAUCCAAAUUCAGCCCCUCCAUCAUAUCAACCUUACAGCAGACCGGAUAAUUCAGCUUAUAUACACACUUCAAACCAACAGAAUUACACAUUUACUAGCAGAUAUACCAACGAGCCCCAAAACAGCCAAAAUAAAAGUCCCUCAGUAACCGUGUCAGAUGAAGAAGCAAAGCAAAGACUCCGAGACGAGCAGUGGAUUCAGCGUUUCCUACGGACUAGAAACAAUUAUAAUAAAUACAAUAAAACAAAGCAAAUUAAAUACAAACCAUCCAUCUCUGAGUUCAGAGAGAAGCUGUACGGCACUGUUCAGAUGCUGGCGGAUUUAAAUCUGUUCCGUCAGAGGCUGAAGGAUAAUCUGGAGAACGAAGAUGUUUGGACGGAAACGCUCUUAAAAGCGACAGAAAUGAAGAAUAACAUACAGAAGAGACUGAAAGAUUUGAAGGAGCCCGACUGUAUCAGCAGCGUCCAGAGAAAAUUACAACAGGUCAACAAGAAAAGAGCGAGGAUGAGGAGGAGGAAGAUGGAGCAGAAGGAGGAGAAGCAGGAGCAGGAGGCCAGACGUGCCGAACGAGAAGCGGAGAUCGAUAAAUGGCAGAUGAAACGCUUUCAAGAAGUGGAGGAAAAGAACAGAGAGAAAGAGUUGAAACUGGCUGCUGAUGCAGUUCUCUCUGAGGUCAGAAAAAAGCAAUCCGAUGCCAAGAGAAUGCUGGACAUCCUCAAAUCUCUGGAAAAACUCAGAAAACUCAGAAAAGAGGCUGCAGCAAGAAAAGGCUUGUUUCCGGGGAAAGAGAGUGACGACAAGUUUGAGGGCCACCUGGAGCGUUUGAGGAGCCUGAUCCGCAAGCGAACGGCCGUGUACGACACUGAAGAGAAAGCUCUGAGAGUCAUGCUGGAGGGAGAGCAGGAGGAGGAGCGCAAACGAGACCGAGACAGACGACUAAAGAGAGAGAGAGACAAACUCCUGCAGAAGAAGAGAGAGCUCUACGCAAUGCUGUUCGGAGCUGAACUGCCGACUGAUCAUCCUCUUCAACCAUUUUUGGAUUACUACACACAGGCCGAGAGCUCCCUUCCUGCACUCAUUCAGAUCAGGCGAGAGUGGGAUCAGUUCCUGGUCUCGGUCGAUCAUCCGGAUGGGACGUCAGUUCCUAAUGGCUGGAUUAUACCUGAACCUCCAUCCGAUGAAAUAUGGGCGACAGCGCUGGAGAAAUGACACCUUUAAAAGCACAGACUGUUCAUCUGUUCAUCCGUCUGAGGAGAAACCUGUAGUUGUGACUGGAUCACAUGAAGUUUGGGUGAAUCUCUCACAAACGUUUUGAGCCAAAAGCAAAGGAAGUAGGCUUUACAUAAUGGAAAUGUAAUAUUGAGGGUAAUUUCUUUACUAGAGGACAUUAUUUUCAUGACAGUUAUGUGAUUUGUUUUCGCAAAUACAGAUUUUUAUUUCUUUUAGUUU